CAAACCCCCGAAGUUCCUCCCACUGCCUUGAACAAGAGUCAAGACUGCUAGAGACAUUAGACAGCAUAGAGCUAUACUACUACGUUUCAGCAUGCACGCACGAUCUCUCACGCUCGUCCAUAGGAGUCUACUGAGGCCUUCUCACCUGGCUCCACAAUCCAUAGCAUCGCAUGUCAGCCGCCGAUAUGAGUCCACUAGAGUGGCCACACCAGCAGCUUCCCCAACGGUUGCUCCAGCCGCCCCAAAGCCAGUUGUCGCGCCAGUAGGCACAACCAUAUAUAAUGGGCCGUUAACGACGACGCUUAUGCUGCUGAAGCGGGUAAGCGCAACAACAUUUGGCCUCUCAACGGUCGCCGCACCACUUCUGCUCUUUGCGGAAUACUCGAACCUAGCGGUCGUGGGCACCAUGAUGGGAGCGGCGAUAGUAACGUCGGGGAUAUCGACCAUCCUCGUCCAAUACUGCGUCAACCCAUACGUCACACGGGUCCUUCUCUCUCCAUCCUCUCUUCCGCCGAGCCGCACGGCCGUCCUCGAGACUCUCACCUUUUUCGGCAACCGCCGCCACACAGCCGUCCGUAUAUCUGAUAUCGUACCCGCACAGGACAGGCCUUUCGCUACGUGGAAGGUGCGCGACAAUGCAACCACGAGCGAUAACGGGGACCAGGAGCUGCUGGAGUUACUCGGAGGACAGCAUAGGGCCGGGAUGAAGAGGCGGAGGUUCUAUGUGCACCCGGAGCUGGAUGAAGGGUUCAGCUUGGAGAUGGCGGAGGUGGUGCAGAGGGUGAAGCGGUCGGGGCGCAUUCAGGAUGUGGAGACGCAGGAGUAUAUGCGCGAGGAUAAGGAGGGAGCGCAGAAAUGGGAUGAUGUUGUUAAGAAGCUGCGCAAUGCUAAGAAGAAUGUAGAGUAGAAUCUAUGCUGAGAUAGCGUAGAUUGGCUGGGCAGAAGCAUUGGGCUUGCGUUUUUGAAUGGAACACACUGCCAACACGAUAUCACGACGAUUCUCUGCGGAUUCCGUUACCUUCCCAAGAUUUCUGGUUACGGAGCUGGAGAGAAGACGACGGCUUGGUGGACUAGCUUCUCGGGUACAUUAUUCUAAAGUUUGGGUAGAGUUAUUCGGCAUCACAUACGCAGCUCUUGUAUAUACCAGGUAACAACGAAAGAAAAGUC